GAAGUUAGGAGGCUAGGAGCACGAUACUACGCGAACGCGGACAUUUUUUUCAUUUGAUUUUUUCGGCUGUUCUCCACGCGAUUUGUCAACUCAGAUCUUUUUUUGCGGGUUUCUCUCUCCUGGAUUUCUUCUCUCUCAUGCUCAUAGAUUUAUUCUCUCGCAUCCUCCUAGAUUGUGUAGGAUUUCGUUUCCAUCUGCAUAAAUUAUACUAUACAACUUUCUAGGUGGUUGAUUCGUCUCACAAUUUCUUGCUCAAGAUUGUGGAUCUGGAUGUUUUGGCGUGGCGACCGCAUCCCCGCCGGCCCACACAGCCUUCCUUCUCGGCCACGGCAAGGCCGCCCCCGCUCGAAACCACCAUAGCGCGCUUCCCCGGUGACCCGUCCCCGUCAAGAUCCCGCUGGCAGAGCUCCCGCGGCCGAACGGAGGAAUCCUUCUCCGCUGCGUCAUGGCGCUGCGCGACCGGCAACCACGUCAUGCUCGAUGCCGACUCCAUCUCCUUCACGUCCGCGAGCCUGGGCGUCGACCUCAAGGCCGGCGCGCCCAUCACAGCCUGGACCCCGCGCGCCGCGUCUACUUCUUCAUCACCGACGGGCAUCUCGCGUGCGGGAUCCCUGUGGGAGACUUGAGUGGAGGCAUGGGGCGGCGGAGGUGGAGCCCUGGUGCCGUAGUCGCGCAACUGGAUUCCCGCAUGGUGCUGGUGGAUGUGAGGCGUAUGUCUGACGUGCUUUAUGGUGCAGAAAACAAAUCACAUUCUUUUUUAAGGAGAGACUGAUAAAAUCAGUUUCAAACUGAAUCG